GUCUCUUUUAAGCUGUCGUGUUGCCAAAUUGAUUCUUGUUGGAAAUGAUAAUGGGACAAAGGGUAUGGAGAGGAUUAUUUGAACAACUAGGAGUGUUAGGGUUUCGAUUGAGACUUCAAAUUUUUGCUUCUGGUUCUCGUGUUUUGGGAGGCGGGAAACUCUCUCUCUUGUUUCUUUGACUUCAAAUAACAUAUAAAGUUAUACCAAAGCUUAGUGAGCUACCUCUAUCAUCAGUACAAGAAUCAUGAACUCCCCAUCUACACAGUUUGUCUCCUCAGGAAGGAUGGGUAUGUAUGAGCCGAUCCACCAGAUUGGCAUGUGGGGAGAAGCCUUUAAGAGUAAUGGAAUUCCAAAUGCAUCUGCAUCAGUUUUUAUGGCUGGCAAUCCAAAUACAUCUCAAUCAAUAAUUAUACCAACAGACACAAAGCUAGACAAUCAG